AGAUAGAUAGAUAGAUAGAUAGAUAGAUAGAUAGAUAGAUAGAUAGAUAGAUAGAUAGAUAGAUAGAGGCAGUGCAUUGUUCUGCAUGGACCCCUGGGUUCGAGGCGCGCGCGCACGCAUGCACGCACGCACACGCGUGUGUUUGUGAUUAGUUCACUCCUCCACGGCGCAGUCUCCCCUCCAUUGCUUCCGCAGAAGAGCCCGUCUCUGCUGUCCCACUAAAGAUGGAGCUGUCUGCGGCAGGGGACCGAGUGUUUGCCGCUGAAGCCAUCCUGAAGCGCCGCGUCCGUAAGGUCAGUCCGUACAUUAUUAAAACUCGUUUUAUUUCCUUUCAUUGCGGCCUACAGACGCACUAACUUUAGCCCUGCAGACCGAGCGCAGUGCGCUGAACUGCAGGAAAGCACCAUGCUUUCCUAUACGAUCAUAAAAUUAGUCAGCAAUGCAUUAAUUUUUAGGGCGCUAAAAUCCUCAUUUUUGAGCUCCGUGUGUUGUCAAAGUUCGUUUAGAUUCGAGUAGCGCCAGAUGGAGCUCUUGCUGUUAGCACGUUAGCUUUUUAAUGUCUGCCCGAAGUGCACAUUAUUUUUGACAAAGGCCGGUUAGUCUGACACGCCGCGACACGAUUCUACCCAACUAGAACACGAAGACUGUUGCUUAGACAAUAAAGACGUUUACAGUGCGUUAAAAUAAACAAAACUGUGCGCAUUUCGUGCGUUUGCAGGAUGAACGUUUAGUAAAUGUAUAACAGAAUGUUGACAUUCUAUAUCGGUGGCGUCGCGUCGCGUAGCAACCACUCGUUUAUACGUUCAACUCGCUGUUUGUUUUUGUUUUUAGGACGACCAACGAUUUUUUUGAGGGACGGGACGGAUGGAGUACCUAGUGAAAUGGAAAGGAUGGGCAAUAAAGUACAGCACAUGGGAACCGGAGGAGAACAUCCUAGAUGAACGACUCGUUGCAGCAUUUGAACAAAAAGAGCGGGAGCAGGAGAUGUAUGGACCUAAAAAGAGAGGCCCGAAACCUAAAUUAUUGCUUCUAAAGUCAAGAGCACAGGUUGCAGAGACUUCCUCACGAGUCCCAGAGUUCAAGCACACUCAUCCCAAGCAGCACUCCAAGUUUCCUCCGCCCUCGGCUGCACCGUCCUACACCCCAACCGCCCCUUCCAAUGCUAAACUGCAGUCGGGCACUGCUCAGCCCAAACUGAAGAAAGACAUUCACCGCUGCCAUCGCAUGGCUCGUCGCCCCUUGCCCCGCCCAGACCAAACAGUCAGUCCCUCUGGUCCUUUUUCGUCCCGUCCAACAGUAAGUCCUUUCUCAGAAACGGUCCGCAUUCUCAAUCGUAAAGUCAAACCCAGGGAAGUAAAGAAAGGACGGGUCAUUCUGAACCUCAAAGUGGUUGACAAGGCUGGGCACGGUGGAGUUCCUAAUAGUAGAAGGACACAUGUGCCCUCCGCCCAGCAGUCCCAUUUUGGCCGACAGAAGAUUCCAUCCCGGAACAGGGUGAUUGGGAAAAACAGGCGGUUUGGAGAGUUUUCCUACCGAGGAAUCCCGACCCCCAACAGAAAUUCUGGGUUUCCUGUUUUUGGAAAGCUCUUUGAUUCUCACUCUCUGAACAAUGCAGAGAACCAGACUCAAAGUGGAGAGAGUCGCGAUAACACGGCAAAGAAUCUCUCUUCCUCCAAAAAUCAGACUCUUGAUGAACUUCCUCCUUCAAACUCAAGCUCUGAAGUUUCCGAUGGUGAGCCGAACUCCCCGCCACAAACCCAAUCCCAGCGUUCCUCAUUGCAGCCCAAGUCCUCCACAAUCAAGGCGCCAGAUCCCACACUUCACAAACACAGCGCUCAAACUGUGCCAUCCGAAAACAGCUUGGUUCCUACUUCUCUUCCCUCCUCUCCUAUGUUUUCCUCAUCGUCCUCUGCGUCGUCCUCCUCAGAAGACAACGAACGCAUCCUGGACCUUUCUGUACCUCAUGAAAUGGACAAGAGAUUGCGGCGUCGCCAUCCCUUCUCUGGCCGUCAUCCGCUCAAAGUCCCUGAGGUGCCUGUGUCAGAAGAACCAUCUGAGGAAGAGGAAGAUUUGGACUGGCGUCCUGACAUGACAUCCAAAUGUGCCAAUGUGGUCGUAACGGACAUCACAGCUAACCUCCUCACCGUAACGAUAAAGGAGUUCUGUCAUCCACCUUCUGUUAACCCUCCUCCCUGCUACCCCAAAAAUAUAUUAGCUCAACAUGACACAAAACAGCCAAAGCAACACCCCAACAAAACAUGAGUGCAGACCCGGCCUAGAUACGGCCUCCUCCUUUAGCCUUCAGAAGGGAUAUUAGAAGGUUUGUUAGCCGUUUGUUUAAAGUUUCUAGCUGCCUGGUGCUCAUGUGAGUCUUUGUUAAGAGAUGUGGCCAAGCUGUCCACUCUACAACACUGUGCCAUGACUUUUGUGCCAUGACUUUUAUAAUCGUAAAAAAGAAUGUCUCAGAAUAAGGCUCACUGUUUUUAAUCUGAACACAUGGACCUCUUUAAGAAUGGAUUUACACACCAGUGGCUUCUUGAAAGAUGUGCCAAACAACUUCCUGUAUGGUAUUUAUUCCUUAUAUUUCAUAUCGUUUGAAUAAAUACACUGUCGUUCAAAAGUUUGGUAAGAAUUUUUUUUGUAAGACAAGUACAAACAGUAUUGAUAAAUUAAGAUUGGUUUUCUAUUUUAGCAUUUAAAAAUUUUUUUGAUUUCUAUGAUGGCAAAGUUGACUU